AUGAAUCCAGAAUACGAUUACCUCUUCAAGCUCCUCCUUAUCGGGGAUUCCGGUGUAGGAAAGUCUUGCUUGCUGUUGCGAUUCGCCGAUGAUACAUAUACCGAGAGUUAUAUCUCAACUAUUGGUGUUGACUUUAAAAUCAGAACAAUCGAGCUUGAUGGCAAGACUGUGAAGUUACAGAUCUGGGAUACUGCUGGACAAGAACGUUUCCGAACCAUCACUUCAUCCUACUACAGAGGUGCUCACGGUAUCUGCGUUGUCUACGAUGUUACCGACAUGGACUCCUUCAACAACGUCAAGCAAUGGCUUCAAGAGAUUGAUAGAUAUGCUACAGAGGGUGUCAACAAGUUGCUGGUAGGCAACAAGAGCGAUAUGUCAGACAAGAAGGUGGUUGAAUACACAGUUGCCAAGGAAUUCGCCGACAGCCUGGGUAUUCCAUUCCUCGAGACAUCUGCCAAAAACGCCAGCAACGUCGAGCAAGCCUUCCUGACCAUGGCCCGUCAAAUCAAGGAGAGAAUGGGUACCACAACUGCGAACAACAAGCCUACAGUACAAGUUGGACAAGGACAGGGAGUAAACCAGGGGUCGGCUGGUGGCUGCUGUUAA